CAUCGGCGUUCGGAUCGUCAUUGCUAUCGCUGUCAAUCAUGGUGCGCCUAAAACAUCGGUACGUUUUGGUUGAGAUAUUGUGGAAAGACUGGCAAAAUCCACAUAUUUUGGAGCUCCCCGUUGCAGAAAAAGACAUUUACGCGUGCGUGAGAAAAGCUGUGCACACCUUGCACGGGGACUUUGGCCUCGGCGUCACGAAGUUCAACCUCGCCAUCAAGUUUUUCAACCCACACACACGUGUCUUUUUGCUGCGGACCCGGAGAGGCGCGCACACUUUGACUUUGUCCGCGCUUCCAUUUGUGAAAAAGAUCAAAGACCAAGUGGCGACUUUGAGAGUUCUGAAGCUCACGGGAACCAUCAGGUCAUGUUUGAAAUAUCUGAAAAAGUACGACUGUAGCGUCUUGCUUAGCGUCUUGAACAGGUGCGACAGCGUCGAAGCAAAACGUGGAGUCAAGAAAAAGAUUGCCGAAGUGUACGACUCGCUGCAGAGUAAAGGAGGCGUGCGCCCAAGCUAAAUAAUGAAUGUCAACUGCUGUCUUAUGAAGCUGAUUUUGAUGUGAACGUGUUGCAUCGCGAGUUCUGCUGCUGCAUUUUCUUCUGCGCAGUUUGUGCGUGCGUCAUGCGAGCCACGGUCAUGUAUGUUCACGAUAGUUCGGAACUAGCAACAGGCUUGCAGUUUUCAAAAAUGUUACCGAUAAAGGCAACGUAGUGAUCUUAGUGCAACAUUUCGUUUUCCACAAAAAUAUACACCCAUUUUGUUCAUUCA